AUGAUGAAUGAUUCUGCUGUGGUUGUAUCUACAAACGAAACGCAUACAUACUCAUCGCUGUGGAAUAUUCGAGCUUACUUUAGCAUUUCAUGUCGUAAGCAAAGAGUAAAGGCAAUGAUUUUCCUUCUACUAUUGUGUGGUGAUAUUGAAACCUGUCCAGGUCCUUCGAAUUGCUGUAAUUGUCAGAAGAUUAUUAGAAGUAACCAAAGCAAUAUAAGUUGCAAUGAUUACAAAGGAAAUCCCACCUGUGUCUGUUCUGAAUACUAUGAAUCCAAUAUGGCCGCCUCGGGAAAUAACAAUCAACUUGGAGAAGGUAUGUCUGAUGACCCACCAGCCUUAGAGGAACUACUUAACCUUGUUAGUUCAAAGGGAAUAAAGUUAUUACACCAGAAUAUCUGUGGUUUGGCUACAAAAUAUCCACACAUCGAAUUUAUUCUCAAAAACUAUAAGGAUAUUCAUAUGUUUACUUUGAGUGAAACGCAUUUGCAUGAAGAAAAUAUUCAAUUAUUGCCGAGUAUUCCCGGGUAUUCAAUGGUCUAUAGAAAUCGGACAAAUGGAAACUUUGGUGGUGGUGUUGCUGCUUUUAUAGCAGACCGAGUUCAAUGGCUGAGAAGACAUGACUUAGAAAGUCCCCAUUUGGAAUGUCUGUGGAUUGAAGUUUUACUCAAGAAUACCAAAGGUUUCUUGAUUGGGACUCUCUAUAGGCCUCCAAAUGGUUCAAAGUUUUUACCAAAAGAUUUCCCUGCCUAUUUUGAUGAUAUGCUAACGUCAGUAGCAGCCGAGAAUAAAGAAGUGAUUCUAAUGGGUGAUAUAAACUGCAAUUUCUUAAAGAAAAGCAAUGAUGCAGAUAUUAAAUCUAUAAUAGAUGUUAAUGGUUUAGAACAAAUGGUUAAAGAUCCCACGAGAAUUACUCCUGAGUCUUCGACACUAAUUGAUGUCAUCUGUACAAACAAGCCCCAGAAUAUUAGUAAGGUUGAAGUAAUAUCUGCAAGCUUGAGUGACCAUGAAAUGAUCGGCUGUGUGCGUAAACUAAACAACCAUUCAUUUAAAGCCCGUACUAUCGAAGCCCGUGACUAUAGGAAUUAUAAUCAUGAAGAUCUAUGCAAUAAUCUUCGACAAUCCAGUUUUGAUUCAGUGUUCGCUUCAAAAACAGUUGAAUCAGCAUGGGAAAAUUUUAAACACAUUUUUCUUUCUGCUGUUGACAAAUAUGCCCCACUAAUUAGAAAGAAAAUCCGUGGUCGCCCUUGUCCAUGGUUACGAAAUGAAACGAAGCGUGAAAUGGCCGAACGAGAUUGGCUGUUAAAGAAAGCUAGGAAAUCAAAUGCUGAGAAUGAUUGGAGUAAAUAUAAAAGAAAACGAAAUCGUGUAAACAAUCUAGUCAAGAUGAAUAAAAACCGCUAUUACAAAGAUUUACUGAAGGAGAAUUCCAGAAAUCCAAAAAAGUUUUGGAGUACCAUAAAAGAAAUUUUUCCUAAUAAGUCGGCAAAGUGUACUGGACGAUCAUUUCAUGCUGAUGGCAAACUAAUUACGCAUAGUAAUUGUAUAGCAAAUGCAUUUGGGUCAUUCUUCUCGACUGUCGUAGACAACCUAAAACGAAAAUCCCGUCCUCUGAAAGACUUUGUUUGGGGUCAUCGGCAUGUACCCAUUACCCAAACUAACUUGAGCUUUCAGUUUAUACCAGUCACUGAACACCACAUAGAAAAAAAAUUGAAUCAAUUAAAACGAUCAAAAGCUGCUGGUAUUGAUAAUAUCCCUCCUGGAAUACUUAAGGACUGUUCGACUGUUGUGAAGGAUCCUCUGGCACAUAUAAUAAAUAUGAGCUUAUGUACUGGAGUAAUACCUUCCGAAUGGAAAGUGGCUAAAGUCAUCCCAGUUCACAAAAAAGGGCCCAUCAAUGAUUUUGACAAUUACCGUCCUAUAUCGAUAUUACCGGCUGUCACAAAAGUCAUGGAACGAAUAGUGCAUGAUCAACUGAUGAAUUAUUUAGAGAUCAAUCAUUUGAUAAACGAUUCUCAAUUUGGAUUUCGACCAAAACGAUCAACGCAAUUAGCUGUGACACUAUUGUUGGAUAAAGUUCGAGCGAAUAUGGAUAAGGGACUACUAACAGGAAUGGUCUUCAUUGAUCUAUCCAAAGCCUUCGACACUGUGUCCCACUCUAAUCUGCUAAAUAAACUAACAAGAUUUGGUAUUAAAUCAUAUGAGCUGGAAUGGUUUACCAAUUACUUGUUUAAUCGAUCUCAAUGUGUUAGCUUCGAUGGUUCAUUAUCAGAGAAAUUCAAAGUUACAUCAGGAGUACCCCAAGGGUCUAUCUUGGGGCCUCUUUUAUUCAUAUUGUACAUUAAUGAUAUCGACGACCAUCUCAUUAGUGCACAAAUCAUAAAGUAUGCUGAUGACACAGUUCUGUUCCUGGCUGGGCAAGAUAUUUCUGAAAUUGAAAAUCAACUUACAAGUGAAAUGCAAGUUGUUACUAAAUGGUUAGAUGAGAACGAUCUAAUCAUAAAUCUCAACAAAGGAAAAACUGAGUCUAUGUUACUGGGAACUAGUCGAAGAAUACAAAAUAACCCCAUAAGAGUAUAUCUAAACGAUAAACUGAUCAAUUUCACAACCAAAUAUAGAUAUCUUGGAGUAUUGGUGGACCAGAAUGUAAAUCUGAAAGAACAUUUUGGUCAGGCUAUUAGGAAAGCAUCUGGCAGGUUAAGGUUGCUUAAGAAAAUACGAUCUUCUCUAACUAUGGACGCUGCUGAAUCUAUAUACAAAUGCAUCAUAAUGCCACUACUAACAUAUUCCAGCGUUGUUACUCUAAACUUGAAUGCCACCCAAACUUCACGAAUUGAAAAUCUCCAGGAUCGAGCUUCUAGAGUAAUAAAAUCAAGUGAAUCGGCAGAUCUAAGACUACCUGACCUGAUGAGCUUUGCAAAGCUGCAAACGUGUUUCCUGGUGAAACAAUGCAUGGACAGGAAUGUGUGUAGUAACUUUCACAGUUAUUUUGAACGGUUACAACAUGUAAAGAACACAAGGAACAACGGAAUAAGUGUCAGGAUUCCCAAAAUACGCUUGGAAUCCACAAAGCAUGCCUUUUAUUAUAAUGGAGCAAUUGAAUUCAACAAAUUGCCCAAAGAUAUUAGAGAAAUUGACAGUUUUAUGCUUUUUAAACGAAAACUUAAAGAGAACCUUAGUUCAUUAUAAUCCUUUACAGAAUUGACUGUAGUUAGAUUUUUAAUAUUUUUAAUAUAUUGACUUUUUAUACUCAUAAUUUUUAGUAGUUUUAGGUAAACAGGACAUGCGUUGAUAGCAGUGAAUAGUCACUGAAGCAUUUUUUAUCCUGUGUAAAUAUUUUUUAAUAAUAAUAAUAAUAAUAAUAAUAAAUCCAUGACACAACUAUAAUACAUGACCACAUGUUCACAUCAUAUGCAAUUGCAAACAAUUUUCAAAGGAGUAGGGUACAGAAUUGCAAUAUAACAACAUAUAAGUAAAUUAUACAUGUCAUGAACUUACCAGUUUGUGUUGAGUUAAAUUUAAAAAUUUUUAGGACAUCAAAUAUUUAUUUAUUUGCAAAUCAAAAUAUUUUAAAAUUCUCGUGUUUUGUUUUGUAUUGCGCCCGCGAUAUAUUAAUGGUAUUAACCGCUGUGAAUAUGAUAUACAUUUUCAAUACAUUACCUAUCUUGCGCUCAAAAGUUCAGGCAGUGAGUUUCUAGAAAGGAUGAAAACUCCGUUUUAUAUAUGGUAUGUAAAAGGUAAUCGUUGUUUACUGUUUAUUUUGUAUUCAGGUAUGGGGAAUUUAAGUGAUGAGAGUUGCAAAACUUGCAAAUGUAGUCUGACUAGUUUCUUUGACGUCAUCAUGCAACUAUUUAAUAUUGUGCUACAUUCAUUAUUCAAUUUAUUCACGGCAAUUAGCCUUCUAUAAGCCAUACAAAUGAUUAUAGCUUAUAGCCCACCUUGCCUUUAACAUUGAUCCUAUAUAUAAUGAAUUAACAUAACUAACUUGAUUAUGUUGCUAGUUGAGUAUGGGGCCUAUGGUUCUUCUAGGACCUUCUAGAUCCUAGAGUAGCACAAUUAAUAUAAAGUCUCCGUAAGGCGGUAAUAUUAAAGACUGCUCUUAUUUAUGCAUGACCUUUGACUAUUAAGUGGCCAAAAAUUGUGCCUACAGUAAUCAACUUAUUCCACUAUCCCGGUUGCAUCACUUUUGAUUGCAAAACACCCGGGUUUAUUAUACAUAGAUUUGCUAGCGAAAUAGCAGCAAUUGAUGAACUUGGUGUUAUACUAAGAUUUACUAAAUGUGUAAAGAAACAACGAAAAGUAUAUAUCAAUCAUUUUGGGAUCUCCAAACAAAGUAGCUACAUGUGCAGACAACAUGAAACUUCAGACUGCAGAAAAUUUCACAAUCCAUUAUCAAACUUAUGUCACAGAAGUGGUAAAGGACAUACGUGACAACUGAAUAGUACCUUUUGUAAUUUUUUUGGCCAGGGGUGGGUAUUUAUUUUUUAAUUGAUAUUUGAGGUUGGGUAAUCAAUUUUGUUUACUUUUUAAUGGUUGGGUCAGCAAAAUUUUUGCUACGAAAAACAUUUCUCUUCGGUGCCACCCCCCGCCAUAAAUAAUGACCGGUCCCUUACAUCGACUCAUCCAGAGAUACCACAUAAAUUUAGUGCAGAAAUUGACAAGUUUCAUUUUCACCCUGUGUCCUGUGACGUGAUUCGUAAAAUUGUGUGUUCUUUUCCAUCCAAUAAGUCCCCUGGACCAGAUAAAGUUUCUGUGAAAGUGAUCAAAGAUGCCUUACCAUACAUUCUUCAACCUCUUACGAAUAUUGUUAACUGCUCUUUAAGAGAAUCUUUGUUUCCCAGCGCCUGGAAGUUGUCAGAAGUUAUUCCCCUAUUAAAAGAAGGGGAUCACGAAAUUGCUAAAAAUAAUCGGCCAAUUUCCUUGCUACUUGCUGCAUCAAAGAUCUGCGAGCGUGUAGUUUUGGAACAAUUUACCGCAUAUGUGGAACAGAAGAAAUGCUUAAGCGUACACCAAAGUGGAAACAGGAAGCUGCACUCCACUGAAACAUUGAAUUUAUUUAUAUCGGAUAAGAUCUUAAAGUCUAUGGACGACAAGGAGGUCGUAGCUGUAAUUCUACUAGACCUUUCUAAAGCAUUUGACAGUAUCAAUCAUGUAUUGCUUCUAAAAAAGCUCCAAGUAUUGGGAGUGUCCGAUGACGCUUUAUGUUGGUUUAAAAGUUACUUGACAGGACGACAGCAGGUUGUGCGCAUUGGAUCGACUGUCUCUGAAACACGCACACUCAAUCAUGGCGUUCCGCAGGGCUCAAUUCUCGGUCCCAUGUUAUUCAAUAUAUAUAUUAAUGAUUUACCUAUGGUACCAAAGAAUGGUAAUUUGAAGUCUUACGUCGACGACUCGAAGCUACUUUUGUCAUUUUCCGUCAAUGAAGUGAACUCAGCGGCUGCUAAGCUUAACGAAGAUCUACGGAGAGUCGUUUCUUGGUGUUCUCUAAAUAGUCUGCUUAUUAAUCCCAAUAAGACGAAAUUACUUGUGUUCGCAACUCGUUAUAUGUUGAAACAGAUACCGGCAGAUUUCCAUAUUUUACUAUUGGGGAAAAAACUGUUUCCUGUGACCUCAGCCACUGAUCUAGGCGUGACACUGGAUAGUGGUUUGACGUACGAUGAACACGUCACAAAACUGGUUUCCUCUUGUGUCGGUAGCCUGUGUCAAAUUAAUAGAGCAAGGCACCUUUUUGAUAUGAAGACGUUAAUUCUUUUAAUAAACGCGUUGGUUUUUAGUAAACUCUAUUACUGUUCAACCAUAUGGUCUAAUUCAACGAAGAAAAAAAUUGCAAAAUUGCAAAAAGUUCAGAAUUUCGCAGCACGUAUUGUCAAGGGCACAAAAAAAUUCGACCAUAUCACUCCAUCUUUAAAACAGCUUAACUGGUUACCAGUCAAUUAUAUGUUGCGAUUCCGAGAUACAGUAAUGGCUUAUAAAUGUGUUAAUGGUAUGGCCCCAUCAUAUUUAUUUCGUAUGUUCCAAACAAGAUCACAAUUACACAAUUUGAACACAAGAUCUAGCGAAUUAUUGGAAAUAUCUUUAUAUAGAACAGCGACCGGACAACGUUCUUUUCGCUACCGAGCUUUUUGUUUAUGGAACAGUUUGCCAGAAUGGCUAAAAAAACAUAAUCUUAAUUUGGAACGUUUUAAAAGCGGGCUACGAAGUUAUUUGGUUCAACAAUUUCUCGAUGAACAGAACUGAAUUACAUCUUUUACUGACUAAAUUUUAAAUUAAAUAGUAUUGAUAAGCAUUUUACCUUAAAUAUAACUAGCUUGAUAUUAUAUAUUUUGGUGUUAAUAGUAUAUUAUAUAGUUUUUAGAAUAUAAUUUAAUUAAGUAAUUACUUUUUAUAACUUCUGUAUUGAACACUGAAAAACCCUUCUGGGAGUGUUUAACAUUAAUAAUAAUAAUAAUAAUAAUAAUAAUGUUGCGCCAAUAGACGUACGCGAUACCGAGCGAGACUGCUCCGAACUAACAACGCCCAAACAGACGGGCCCAGAUUCUCGACUAUUUAACAAUUAGACAACGAAGCCGAGUUGUCUAUGAGCGAAUAGUCAACGAGGCGAAGCCGAGUUGACUAUUCGUUCAGAGACAACGAGGCUGAGUUGUCUAAUUGUUUUAGUAUAAACUACAUAAAGAAAACGGAAUUUUUCACUUGAUUUUUAUGUAAAAUUAUAACGUUUUAACGAAAUGAGCGUUUAAAUGGCUUCCUUUAGCGACAUUUCGCCUCGGCUUUGUUGACCACUACUCAGUGUUGCGAACUCUCAGGAAUGACUUAAAAAAUACAGCUUGUGAGUUUUAAAAAAGUUAAAAAACAUGCCGUAAGACAGUAUAAUAGUAAGAGACCGUUAUAGAAGCAAAGUUUGGUUAAUUAAAACUUAUUUAAAAGAAGGAAACAAGGCUUAAAAAGUCUAAAAUUUCGAACACAAAAUGGCUUCCCGAAUUGUUACUAAAUUAGUAAAUAAAGUUUACGUUAAAAAGCCGAAUAAAAAUGCACACACAUGCAAAAGAAUCUGAUUAUCCGAAUGUCGUUGAAAUCUUUAAAAUAUUUGGAACAUAAAGAGGCAAACCAUUUCCAUAAUCUAGUAUACAUAGACAAUAGUUUAGAUUAAAAUUUAAUCGAAAAACUCGACUUAAAAAGGCUCGAAAAGGCGAAAAACAAACUCGGCCAAAAUCUCAACAUUUAAACGAAAAAACUCUUUAAAAUGACAGCUAAAUACAUGAACUCGUACUUGAAACAAGCACGCACUAAAGAGGUUGAGAAAAUAGGGGUAAAUAGCUACAAAAUAUUGCUGAAUUUCAACGAUUCUGCUUGGAAUAUUAACAAACAAUAAUUGUGCAUAUAUUUUAAAAAAUCGCCUGUCACUUUCAUGCUCAAAACAACAAGCAAAGUUGAGAAAACUUAAAAAUUUUACUUUAUGUGUCAGCAGUUUCCAAGAGUCUUUGUUUGUGUGUAAUCCAGAACCAAAAUUAGGCCAUUUUGAUAAGCUUUUUUCCUUUAAAUGCAGCUUUUAAGACUUAAAAACGGCCACUGAAUCUCGCGCCCUUCGCCGCUUGUUGCUACUAGUAGGCUAUCACUAAUAGCCUACUAGUAGCGUAGCCAAUCAGAACGCACGAUACAUGAUAGCCUACUAGUAGGUUUAUACUAAUUCUGGUUAGACGAGGCAUAACGCAAGCAAAAUAAUGUAACAACUGAGAAAAAAUAACGAGGCGCUAAACUUGCUGCAACUAAGCAAAGCAUACAAUGGCAGAAUGAAUACUCAGACCAAAGCAAUGAUCACAAGGCGCGAAACAACCGGUUUGAUCGAUAUGACGUCACGGACUCCCCUCAGCGGAUGUAGCCUGCAUAAUACAAUAUAACCACUCAGCACAGCAUUUUUACAUUGGUACUACCUACACUGGUACAGACACUUGUUGCAUAUUACAUCCGCUGUUAACCUUGCUUAAAUAUAUUUAACCACAUUUAAAUUGGGGACAAAAUAGCCACCGCUUGUACACUAUUUUACAUUUCAUCAUACAUAAUGACCGAUAUAGUGUACAGAUAAUGAAUGUUAAUGAAUACAUAUACAGUACAUGAUGUUUUAAAUUAAUAGAAAUUCAACAAAUACAGUAUAUGUCCCAAAAAUGUUUGAGUGAAGAGUUUAAGUAACAAUGCCAAUCAUCGCCGUACCAUUUUGCUUCGCCCAAAUUAUGCAUUUGAAUUUAAUUCCAUUUGAAGAUUUGGGUUGCAUGAGCUGCGGCUAUAGGAUACGAUUAAGAUUUUGACGGAUGGAAUUUAUUGAAAACCAAACCGUGCAAUGGCAACAUAGUUCAAAAAUAUACGGCUGAAGGCGUUCCGUUGCACACUCAACAAAAUGGUAAUUUUGAUUCUAUAUCACGUUAUCAUUCAUAAUCAGCCAAUUAAAUGACCAUAAUUUAUUGAGUUCCAUGUUAGGGUUAUAAACAUUGAGGUGUUUAGGCUACAAACAUCUUCUUACACGUAUUUCGAGUCGGGUAUAGUAAUCGAAUCGUAGUACAAAACAUGAAGCAAUUAAUAUUGUUCUUGUUAUGUAGAUUACCCUAUAAGCUCUUGAUUGUUUCAUCAAACUGCGUUAAAAAUAUCAAAAUAAAUCCGACGGUAGAAUAACCAUACGAAGUCGAUAUUAAAGUUGAUUAUAUUUUGAACACGACUUUUCCCAACUGCUGGUUAGCUCUAAUAAAUAUAUAAAGUUUACAUGCACUCGAAAUUUCCAUCUAUACAAAACCCUUUAACAAUUACAGUAGUUCUACAUUCUAAUUAUUACAGUAGUUCUACAUUCUAAUUAUUACAGUAGUUCUACAUUCUAAUUAUUACAGUAGCUCUACAUUCUAAUUAUUACAGUAGUUCUACAUUCUAAUUAUUACAGUAGUUCUACAUUCUAAUUAUUACAGUAGUUCUACAUUCUAAUUAUUACAGUAGUUCUACAUUCUAAUUAUUACAGUAGUUCUACAUUCUAAUUAUAGUAGCUACAUUCUAAUUAUUUUCUUCAGGGAAAUCCCUACGAAAUUGGACGAUUUUCUCGAAUUCCAAUGGAAACAAGGAGUGGAAUUUCUGAGUCACCAACCUGGAUAUUUAGACGGUGAGUUAAUAUAUAACUGCUUCUGUCUGUCUUUCUGUUUAUUCUGUUUUGAAUUUAGGUGUUCCGCAAUACCUUAUGCAACUCCGGAUAACGCAAAUCAUCUAUUUAAGUGUUGAAGGGUUGCGAAAAGGAUGCUUAUUAGGAUGAACAAUUAUAUAAUGCCACAUGUGUUUUAUCAGAUAUAAAGUCACUCCACGUGACAUAUUAUGGCUGACAUGAUUUGCCACAAGGUUUAUGAAUUAUUAAUGAGUAUUUUAAGUGUUGAUAAAGUAGCAAUUUUUAAAUCUGGGUAGCAUCAAAGACUGUUGUUUCAGGGACCGGUCAUUAGUUAUAGCGGGAGGUGACACCCAAGAGAUAUGUUUUUCUUGGUAAAAAUUUCAUGGUGUUUGCACAUUUAUACUUUCUUUGGAGACACCAUUUCCUCCUGACAAAUCGGAAAAUGGCCAAGAUAGUGACUUUGAUUGAUUUAGAUAUUGUAUAUAUUGACAUAUAUACGACUGUUGGCAUUGACUUUUAGCCUUCAAUAUUUGAGUGGGUCAUGCCAUGGAAAUAACAAUAAAUUGUUGUUACCCAACCCGUGGGUUGUUCUGUUUUCCAUUUACCCAACCUUUUAAUUACUCAAAAUUCAAAAUGUUGUUUACCCAAUCGCAUUCUGCACUGGUCCAAAUUGCAAUUGAACUAUGCGAAUUGUACGUGGUCCUUAGUACGCGACUCUCUUCGCCACAGGACAUAGCUGCCUGUUUGUAUGUCCAUGCCUGUCUUAUUUGUCUUUCCGCAUGCAUGUCUUGCUUACUUACUUACUUACUCUAUCGCUCUACACUUCAUAUCAUAUCAUAUACUUUCUUAAUUCAUUCUUCCAUUUAAGAAUUUUUAAUAUACAUGAAUAUAUACUAAUAUGUGUAACAUUUUAAGUACACAAAAUCUAAUCGGUCCUUCUUCAAGAGUCCUCGCAUAGGUCCCUCUUCAAGAGUCCCAUUCGUACCUUGCCUUUUUGGAUCUUCGAUUUAUAUAAGAUCGAAAACUCAGAAGUCAAUGCUGUAUUUUUGUAUUUACGAACUCAUGCUAUACCCAACGGCUAUAAAAACGGAGAUUUGCAGCGAACGAUGACAAUUUUCUUUUUUCUUUUCUAGUUUUUCAGCAGUAUGACUAUAGUAAGGUUUUUGAAAGACUUGUUCCUUAGAUUGGUUAACACGUACUAGGAUUUUUGGAAGACAACACUAGCCUCGCGUCUCUUAUGACUGACUAACUCUUAGUACGAUUUUUUAAGACCGUUUUAGCCUCCUUCCGUAAGAUUGGAUUUCGCCAAAAGAACACAAUUGAAUUUAAUGAAAAGGAUAUUAGAGUGAACGUCUUACUCCAUACUUCCAUAAACAUAGUCACAAAAAUACUUCGCUCUAGACAACCAGUUACUGCAAAAGGUAGAAAACAUGUUACAGUACAAGCAACUACUAUUGCGCAAGACUUCGCCAUUCUUAGAUUUCGCAACUUUUUUAGUUCAUUCCAUUUGCAUGUGGUGAGUUACCCGCUGUCCUUCGGGCUGCACGGCAUAUGGAGAUGUAUAUAUACACAGUAAUUAGUAUGGCCAACGAUAUUACAACACUUGUUAUCGGCCGUGCAACUUGUCCAAGAAUUGCAUAAGAAAGCGUCACUACACAACCUACCAACCAGAAAUAUGCUGCUAGACUCAGUAAUCGUAACUUUGUCAUUUUAGUCCGAUGGAAAAACGGGUGGACAAUACUCAGAUAUCGCUCGAUGUUUAACGCAAAUAAAGUUGCAAAUGACAUAGUAACUGUAGAAAACGUCAGUAUUUCAUGUAAAAUAUGAAUUGUGCAAUUUGGAUUCCCGUUUAUUGUGAAAGCCAAGCUUAGGACGAAGAUGGGAUGACCAACAACUGCUGCAGUAAAGUCAAUUACAGAUAACAACAUUAUUAGAAAAUACGAAGUCUUGUUUCUAAGUCGCGCAGAUCUCCAGUAAGCAAGGAUUGUCGCUACAUUCAGAGUUACUGCCAACAUAAUCAGGAAGAUAUUACAUAUUGAGCCAAUAACAUAGCUUAUGUAAUACGUUUGCGAUGGGAAACUAAGGACCAUGACAUAGUCAGCAUUGUGAAGUGGGCAAUUUUGCCAUAAUUUCUUGGUGAUAUUCAUAUCCGACAUCUUUGAAAUGAAGUUUUUCACCUUGGAUGUUUAAAAUAUUUAUUAUUCAAGAGGAGGGAUUUUGCCAUUUUAUUGCUUUAUGAAUAUCGUACAGUACAAACAUGUCGAUUUAUUAACAGAAAUUAAUUUCACGAAAACAAACACGUGAAAAUGUCGCCAUUGCAGAAAUUAAAACGCAGUUCAUAUUAAUGAAACCAAGAUCGCACCAUGCCCAAGAUAGUCAAUAUUUUCAGCGUAAGGAAACAUCAGUCCGCUAUCGAACGGCGAAUUUAUCACUGAGGGCAUCAAGGAAAAUGUACUUACUUGGAGAUGGGGCACUGGAAAGGUGCGAAAUUCUAAGGGGGUCGGAGGAUCCACCUCCAGACAAAUAUUCGCCUGGUUGUCAGACACAACUUUUUGAUAUAUUUCAUCCGCCAAACAAAGGAGUAUUGAAACACUUUAAUGUUUGAAAUGCUAACUAUUUUUCCAUUUUUGCUUAUGUUUUAAGACGUAAGGGGCCUGCCCCCCCCCCCCUUUACUUUGUGGGAAAAAGUUUAUAACAUGCAAAUGUAGUCAAAGUCAAUAAAAUGCGGAUGAAGAAUUAUAAUGAAGAUGAACAGGAUGCAUACAAAAUAACUGAUUAACUAGGAUUAAACUUCAGAAUGCAGACGAAAUUAUUAACAAAUCUAAUACUGUUUUCAACUGUGUUGACAUGAAAUAUUAAAAUUAUGGAAAAGCAUUUUCAUUAAGAAAAAAUCGAUUAGCGUUUACUUUCCAUGUACACUAUAAUUACAAAUUUCAAAUCGAUAUUAAGAAGUAAAUAUAAAUAUUCCCUAGCACUUAAUUUUAACAAUAUUAAGAAGAAGUAAAUAUAGAUAUUCCCUAGCACUUAAUUCAUGCAAAGCAAGAUUGAGAUGUGUUUUAAGCCUGGUCUACACUAUCAAAGUUUCUUUUGUCACAGUGUAGGAAUUUUGCAUCGGUAAAUUUUUGAAGGAUUUUUUAAGAAAUGUUUCAUGGAACUGACUCUGUGUUUAACACUCAGUUUGUUCAAACAUUUCUUACAAAUCCUUUAAAACGUAAAAUUUAUCUUUUGAACAAGGCUUUAUAGAUUAUUCAUAUUGAUAUUGCUAAAUAAGAUUGAAUUAUAUAACAUCGAUUAUAUAGCAUCGAAUACCCAUCUUAAAACUAAUAAUAUAAAAAAAUACUCUGUAGUAUACUUCAAUGCAAAAAAGUAAAACGUCGCAAGCGCUCAAAGAAAUAUAUUUAAGUUUUGAUUUUUAACAGUAUACUUGUAACUAUCAUUACAGUUGUUGUGUUAUCCAAACGAAUGAGUAAUUUCGCGUGUGUAUCAUGCAUGCAUGCAAGUGGCUGUGAAUAUUCUUCUGCAUAUUUUUUCAUGCAUGUCAUUAAUAAGUAAUAACAUAUGGUUUAUUGUGCAAUUUGGAAAAGCAUACACAUUAAAGUGAGUUUCUCAAAGACCGCAAAUUGCACCCCUCCUUCGAACCGAGUGCCUUUGAAAAGACAUUGUUUGCCUGGCGGUUAGGCAAAUAUUCACUUUCGCAUUUUAAAAACAAUAAAAUGUGCAAACUUUACACUUGUAAUUUUUACUGCGAUUUCUAGUUCGAUUUUUUCUUCUGAUGCAUAUGAAUGAGUGGAUGAGUUAUGAAUGUUGAAUAUUACUGUUAUUGUACACCGGUAAUUAUUUGCUUUUUUCCCUUAGUUGCCUCGCUGUUAUCUUGUCUUCAUCAACUGAAACACGAAAAUGUCAAACUGGAAGCACGGCUUACUGAUCUGGUCAAACGUCGUGAUCACUUGUUGUUGGUAAAUUCCCGCUUAUCCAAACCAUCAAAUUUGUCUGCGGCGAGCUCUCCCUCCUUGACUCAAGAUGUAAAGAGAGCUGAAAUCGCUUCGCCGAACGUUCUUGAAAGUUCAAGAAACUCAAGUUUGGAAAGAAAUAACCAAGCACUUUCUGGGAAAUCUCCAGAGAAUGGCCCGUCCGAGGUGGAUGCGUUGCCAAAAGAUGGACAGGAACAAACAGCAAAACAACAAGAUCUGAAAAUUCAAUCACAAACUAAAGAACAGUUAACGACGAAGAAAGAACAACAACAGCAACGACAACGAACACAUUCAGAUCUUCCGCAAACGGUAAAGGAAAGUUCACAACAGAUACUCGACAAGAAAAUCCUAUCAAAGUAGAUACACCACCGAACAUCGACGAACGAUUACGUGAGGCAGCAUCAAGUCCACCACGAGGAAACAAAACUACAGCCGAAGGAAAAUUGGCAACUGUCUCGCUAUCUAGCAUCGCAGGAGAACGUCCACCGAACCGACAGUCACCAAAAAGUCGAAAAUCUCCGCAAGGUGGCGGCGGGAAGAAAAUGAAAUCGCAAGAACAGUUGUUGCAACAGGAACAUCAGAAAAUUAUGCAACAACAGCAUCAACAGUUGAAACAACAACAACUAAACCGACAAAAGUUUCAACAAUCUCAUUUAUUACCGGUGGGUUUUCACGAAAUUUUUAUGAGAUCUUACGUUUUCUACCUACCAUCCUGGACAAAACAUCUGCGACACUACUGAACAUCUCAUCAACUCUUCCAAUAUUGUCGCAAAUUUGGAACCUCUCCCUUACGCCCACCAUUUUUAAAUGGUAAAUGUUCCAUUGCAUUCCUAGAAAACAAUUAAAGCGAUUGCAGUACGUCCAACAUUAUUUUUGUGGGCAGAGGGGGGAUAAUGAGUAAAUAAUUAAUAGAGUGUCGCUGAUGGUUUUGACCAGGAUGGUAGGUGUAUUAAUGUCGUACAUACUGAAUCACAGUUUUCGGACUGUUGUAAGUAAAUGGUUGUAAUAUAAACAUGAUUAUUAUAUGGCUUUUCAAAAUUCUCUAUUCUGAUUGGUUGACAAGCCAAGUAAAAACCCAUAUCCGGACCGUGGUCCGCAUUUUCCGUAUCUGAACCGGUGUCCCGGAUGUCGUUUAUCUGGCGGGAAAUUUUUGCUUUGCAAACAGAAAAAAUUUUUGCUUUUUAAUUUUCCAAUUGUGUGUCAUUAAAAUUUACAGAUAAAAAUUUCAAACAACCAAAUUGUUUUUGAUUGAGCACGCAUGCUUACCGUAUAUUGCUGCCCAGUGAAACUGACGAUAGCCGAUUUAAUUCGCUCGAAAAGCAAAUGCUCACAGACUCAGUUCAGCCAUAUAAUAAACCGAUUAUUGACCUCGCUUAUUCGGUCUGUACUGUGAAAUAUCAGACCUCUGUUUUUUGCAUGGACCUCGCUCCUUCGUCCAUACUAAAAAACCUCGGUCUGAUAUUUCACAGUACAGACCUCGCGCUCGGUCAAUAAGCCGUUAAUACACUUUUCCAAGAAAUAGGUCACUUUAUGUACAGAGCCUCGUUUUCGUGUAUGCGAGAUUACUUAAAGCUACUACUGUUCCCAGUAAACUGCGAAACGACCGUUUUUACGAAGGACAUAUUUGUGUACUUCGUGAUCACAAUUCGUUGCAAGCGGCGUGUGAAAAACUGCAAGUUUCAGUUUGACAUUUCUGACAGUUAAAUGAAUUUCUAAUUUUAUAGUCCAAUCAGAUGUGUAGUUUUGAAAUUUAAAUCAAAACUACGCUCCUGAUUGGACAAUAAAAUUAGAAACCAUUUAACUGUCAGAACUGUCAAACUGAAACUUGCAGUUUUUCACACGCCGCUUGCAGCGAAUUGUGAUCACGUGGUACACAAAUAUGUCCUUCGUAAUUGACAAAACUGUCACUGACAAACCACCUAGUUUAAACCCCAGUUUACUGGGAACAAUAGUAUCAAACACGAAGACGGCGCCCUAUAGCCAUGGUUACGUACUUUCCUGAAGAGUGUAUUACAUAUGCCUUUCUGAUUGUUUUGCCUGCAAUGCAUUUUGCCUUUACGUUUUCAAAUUUGGUCCACCCCUCAUUGUCACAUUGCAGCAACACUAUAAGAUCGCAUCGUACAGCAAGUCACACAGUGAAAAAUUUGAUAUGUAAAGACGUUCAAAUAUUUGAAAAUGUUUUCUCAUAAAUACUGCGAGUUCAAAAGGAUACUAGUGUAUAGCUCAGUGCAUUUUAAGGAAGGAGGAGAGUGUCGGGUACCUUCGAUUGCAUUAUUCAUUUCUGAUUUAUAUUUCAUCCAUUAGCUCCAGCAAGGUAACCAGCAAUUCAACCAACACUUCGCACAUCAAAAUUCUCAACUGGCAUUUUUCAAGUUGCCUGGUUACAACGGCUCGGAACAACACGCGAUGCAUCAGGCUAAACAAGGUCAAAUGAAUGGCAGUCCUCAGCAAUAUAACAGUCAGUCACUUUCCAGACAAUUCGCUAACUUUGUUCCGUACAUGGAGCCUAGCAGUAUACACAAUGUUCGCAUGCAGGGAUAUAUGCCUGUUUAUCCUGUGGAGAACCCGUUAAACAAAGUAAGUAUAUAUAUAUUCAACUCUUAUAGUUUUUGUAACCAAUAUCACCUUACUCUGUCUGGCAGUCGGUCUGGAAACACUAUUUGUACUUCUCAUAUUAUGUUAAAUAAAACUGCAUACGCUGACUGGUUGCACUUUUUAUAAUCCCAAGUCAAAAGUAUUACAUGGCUUUUCAUCUAAUGCAAUAUAAUCGCUAUUCGCUACUAAUUUUCAAAUUUCUCAUCACUCGACUUUGUUUAGCUUUUCUAGUACGUUUAUACGCGUUUUUAGCCUGCUUAGAGUUAAAUUUAUUACUUUUCUUGCCAUACAUAAUAAUAUAAUAUGUAAUAUCAAUGUAAAUUACAAAUAUGGAUAGCAAGAUACUUUGUUGUAGCGAAUAGUUCGCUACACUUUUGAAACUGCAGCUGUAGUCAGUAGCGGGCUACACUCUUUGACAAGUAGCAGUAGUUGUAGCUGACCACAUUAAUAAGCAGGAAUUCUGGAUGCAGGAAUUCUGAAUUUUCACUGAAGCGUGGAAACCCUGUAUACUACACAUCUAUUGCCGUGAUAUAUGUAAUUAUUCCCGUAUCUGUAGAAAUGCAUGUUUUGGCAUCCAACACCUCGUAGACACGAGCUUGUUCUCGCAUAGCGCAUGUGGUACAACACGAUGACAUCUUCGCAUCCACAUGGGUGAAAUGUGACCAUAAUGCUCUAGUGACAGACCACAAGGGAAGUGUCCUUCCACUAUCGCUAAUGGACAUCCAUUAACUCUAUUCAACACCAAAGUGAAGGAGUGUAUAAAAACGUGUUUCGCUGUUGCUAACCAUAACGCGAUUUUUCUAUAUAUGCGUACGGUUUGAUCUCAUAUCAAGAUUAAUUUUUGUUGCAAUUUAGGUGAUGGAAGAGAAGAUGGACAGCUCGGCAGGCAUGGACAAAACUGAAAGGAGAAAUUGACUCUACUCUGACUAACAAGUUUUUUAUUUGAACCAUUUUAUUUAUGGACGAAACAAACGGAAUGCGUUGUUGCCCCCACACCAUCAAAAAAGUUAAAUCAAAGAUUUUCCAUUUGGAUAAAUACCAAAUAUUUCAACAUCGUUGCAUCAUAUUGGGCCAAUAUUAGUGCGUCCGUUUGAACGGGCAUGGUUGUGUUAACACUGUGAGACUGCAUGGGUUGGUAAAAGUUGCUGUUUAACGUUAUCCGCGGUGGCGCCGCCAGGACUUCCUUUGGGGGGGGGAGGCAACUUAUUAAUUUGUGAGUCACAACUCUAGAGGUGUCUUGGGCGUGCUCCCCCGGUAACGAAUUGAAUUUUGGGUCUCGGAAACGGCAUUUCCUGAAGAAAACAUGAAGAAGACACCUGAAGAAAAAUGUAAAGGUCUUAAUUAGUCAGCUUUUUACUGUGUUAAAUAUUUAUUUCAGAAUACUUGACAAGUUAAUUCAGUUGGAAACAUAUAAAGUUAAUUCAAGUGGGAGACGUAGAGCUUCAUAUUGGAACAAAUAAUACGCCAAAACUGUCUGCUGAUAAAUUUCCACCUAUUCCCCAAUUUUCAUCGGAACUGAACGAAUCUACAACUACACUCUGAGAAAGUUGAGGGGAGGUUGGCGAGCGCCCCCCCCCCCACCCCCACUCUUGGCGGCGCACACUGGUUACUUGUAGUUUUCUACAACGUUAGAUCUGGUAAUGAACGUCUACAAGAAUGCGUGAAACGCAAAAUUUAACUAUACGGUUGUAAAAGACGCGAACUCACCUUAUACGUAAUUGGGUUAGAGGAAGAAGGUUCAGGUUAAGCAUUUUAACCUCAUGGUAUUUUUUGUAAUCAUUAUAUUACAUACAGGUUCUUAAGGUACAUUACCCAACGUUGUUGGGAGCGUUUGAACAUUAUGUUUGGUUGGUGUAAGAGCAUAAAGCUCGACUUCGCGGGAAAUGAGUUUGUUCCUAUUAAUUUAACAAUAACAGCAUAAAACACGUACAAAACAAUAAUACUUGUAUUAACAGUUCGCCAUCUUGAAUUGCUCCUUAAUUAUGACAAAUUCUUAUACCACCGGGAAAUAUCUCAGGAUUCCAGCGAACCACACUACCCUUACUGGAA